GGCCUAUCCACCACGGCGUUAAUCUAAAGACAAGAAGCUCUCCUUAUAUAUUAAGUGCCUAUUUAGGACUCACAAAGACAGUUCCCUCUUUUUCCAAACUUGUUCUUCUAGCUCGACUGAGAACUGUGUCGUAGGAGUGUGAGUGAUUUAUUCUUCGGCAGGAACAAGGAAAGUGUGAUCGAAGAACACAUUUCUUUUUCAGUUUUUUUUCCUGACGUGCCUGAUAAGUUUAACGAUCAUCUGUAAAACUUUUACCGGCACCUCUUUAAGAAGUUGGUCUUACCGGCUGUCGAUUUUUUUUUCUGUGACUGGUGACAUGUCUCCGAAAUCUCAAAACUCCUAAUUUCGGAGAGAGCCUCUUCAUUAAUUCAACCUCAUCAAAAUAUACCACGGGUUACAAACAGUGCUUAUUUAAAGCAUUCAUCUGGACAGUUCUAAUUGAAAUGAAGAGACGAUUUCCUAUAUCCAAGUAUAUAAACUGGAGACAAGAACAAUCAAGGUGACUUUGGAGUUUUGACACAUUUUAAAACUUUGAAUCUCUUUUCCGUACACAACAUCCGAGAUGGCAUGUAUGGCCACUACCCAUGAAUCGUGUUCAAUAUUAAGUUCUCAAGUUGGAGAGCGGUGUUACAUGAACAAUAUGGAAGAUUCGAAUAUUCCCGAAGACUUGAGUAUACGACCUCGUGAAACAGUGAUUUGGUGUCCAGCUGACGACGUGAUUGAGACGCGUGUAGAUGACGAAUCAUUGACAAGUUCUUCGACAUCCCCGUCGGCAAGGAAACUUACCGACAUCAAUGAACAUGAGAUAACUCUACGCGAGUCUACUGUAUUGUUUUCGAACCAUGAAGAACGAUUUCGUGAAGCGAUUUCGACGAUGUCUGAACGAGAUGAGAGGUAUCGCCCUACAAUAUCAUUUCCCGAAACUGGGGAGACGUACCGUGAUUCGAUUACGGCAAUGUCGAGCAAUGCCGGCAAGUCACCAAACGCAGACGUCAGUAUUCCACUGACGACAUCAACAGCCACUUUACCAAAGGCUAAGGGAAAACCGACAUAUCAUCGCCAUCCUAAACCACCAUUUUCUUAUAUUGCUUUGAUUGCCAUGGCAAUUCGGGAUUCUCCAUCUGGGAAACUCACCUUAGCUGAGAUUAAUGAAUAUUUGAUGAAGAAGUUUCCUUUCUUCCGUGGUAGUUACACUGGUUGGCGAAACUCGGUACGUCAUAAUCUAUCUUUAAAUGAAUGCUUCCGUAAGAUACUCCGUGAUCCAUCUCGACCAUGGGGUAAAGAUAAUUAUUGGACAAUCAAUGAAAGUAGCGAAUACACCUUCGCUGAUGGAGUUUUUAGACGUCGAAGAAAGCGGAUUUCGAAAAGAGCGGCACAGAAUCAGAAAAAUCAAGAGCGACGGGAGAAGGAGUUUGCAAGAAGGGAGAGACAAAAGAUGUCAAAGUUUUCUGGACCUUUUAGCAUUGAUAGCAUUCUCGGGGAAGACGAUGAUAGUCGAGAUAAUGAUCACGAAGAAGAUGUCGAAAUGGCAUUAAAUGAUCAUGACUGUAAAGAAAUAAAUGAAUCUGUUAGUAUGACAAAGUCGUCAUCAUUGCGCGCUGUGGUUGAUCAGCGUAUCAGGGAUGCAGCAAAUGCGGCGGCGGCUGCGGCAGGAGCCCCUCCACUCAUGAGUCGUAUGAUACCUGCAGGGUUCGCCAGGAGCAUGAUACCGAUGUGGAAUUCUAUUUACCCGGGAUCUCGCAUCCCUUCUCGACCACCCUUCCCUGCCAUCGGCUGCUGCCCGAUACCACUAGCCCGUUACCCAGCGUUAGAAGCCCUCCAGCACCACGCUAGACAUCAGUUUCAGCACGGUUCGGCACUUCCGUUCCCUGUGGCCAUGCCUGCUGGAGUCGUGCGGCCGGUCCUCCCCCGUCCAGGCCAUCUCAUUUACCCGCUCUGCCAACCCGCGUUCCGCACGGACAAUGCAAAAGGGUCAAAGUUUUGUAUUGACCACGUUGCAUCAUGAUGAUAACAAAAUCAUCAAACGAUCUUGAUUUAUGGUUCCUAAACUCCAUUUAUGAUUCGCACAAGCUUUGUUAUCUUACAUCACAUUCAUGUCAACCGUUGUUGACUGUCGGAAUUUGCAAUCAUUAUGUUUGCGAUGUUUUGACAUUGAUUUUCAGGCACCCAUUCAUCUUUAUUCUAUCAUUCGUUAUCGCAUUGGAUGCUAAAACAUGUCCCCUUUUAAAGAGUCCACCCACAUACAUACACCCACGUCUGCAUGGUAUUCAGUUGAGAUAUAAUGCAUGUAAUAAUGACAUGUUUUCAAUUGAUGCUAUGUCAAUUGAACAUCAUACUGCAGUGUACUAAUACAAGUAUAGUUUAUUGAACAGAACGAUUUGAACUCCGCAGUCAAUUAGGUCGUAUGAAUAUACAAAACUAUUGAGGGAUUUAUGUUGUAAAUCCUGUCAUUUCCCAAGCUUUUACGUCUACAUUGACAUGAUCUAAACAUGAUCUAAGAGCAGUCGAAUAGUAAUCUAUAGAAGUGAUCACUCUAUCGUAAUAUAAAAAUUAUACCAGUGAUAAGUAUCGCAGUAUCAGGAGUGAGGAUGUGACAUUCUUGUACUGAAAAGGAUAAACAAAUUGUUGAAAUUUGUUAAAAUCAAUAUUCUGUCAUCUCAUCGAAGUUGUAUUAUACUGACUGCUAAACUGGGACAAUAAUGAGGUUGGCAUUUUUUUUAAAAUAAACAAGUGCACACCAAGUUACCAAUAAUGCAUAUAGCAUUUCCAUUUAUUUGAAAGAAGGAUAAAAGAGCAUUGUACAUUUAAUGCCUUGCUCACGGGCAUAGGUGCCGCGGCCGGGGAUCGAACCCCGGACUUUGUAUGUAUAUCCAGGCGCCUUAGACCACUCGGCCACGGCCAGUGCUUUGAAACAUUGAUUAAACGAUAUACCGAAUGUUUUCCUGAUCUAAUUAAAUACUCUAUAUGUUUUCAUUAUCGAGCGGAAGAUCUAGUUUUAGGAAUCGAACGAUAUAGAAUUACCAAACUUUAUUCAAAUUUACCCUUUUUUCAUUAAGUUUAUGUAUCUGUAGAUAUUUCAAUUGUUCAAAGAUUUAAAAUGUAAACUACAAAUAACAAGGGUUUAUUUGUAUUUUCUGAAUCAUUAAUGCUAAUUUUGUUCACAAUGAACGAAAUAACGAAGUUUGAUUAAAACUAUAUCAAUGAGGCAUCUUAUUAAUACAUUAUCAUCAACAGAUCAAUGUAGAGGUAAACAUCAAAGGAGAGAAGAUAGUUUGUUCGUGAAUACACAUGUUAAUUAAAUACAGAAUUUAGAAUCUUCAUAAGUAUCAAAACCAUGGAUAAAUUACUCAGUAAUAAUAAGAAAAUGCUUUACAUCUCAUUUGUUUUCAGACAACAAACAUGCAACUGUACAAAGAUACAUUUUAUGCAUAGACAUCGUGAUAAUUAUUUUGUGUAUGUCUAGUUCCGGCUAUGUAAUAAUGAUUCCGCCCCCUUUUCUAUUGGAAUCAGUUCCUCAUGAAAUGAAAUAUGCUGUGUAAAAUGUAACUUUACAAAGCCAAUAAAAAACGAAAGUUAUCAAUGCAUGGUAUAUUAUUUGGAAGAUAUAACAGAGUUCGAACGAAGGUAUUUUACACUAGGGGAAAGAUUCCCCCUUUUGUCAUUGAUAACAAAUUGUGAUUUAAUGAAGAGGAAAAACAUUCAUUUGUUCUAUUCUAAUCGAUCGUUCCAGAAAAAUAGAGAAUUAGGCUAACAGAUAAAAGCAGGCGUAUUCAUUCAUUUAUUUAUUUACUUAGUUUUUUAAUUAUUUAUGUAGUCAUUUAUAAUUUGUUUUCAUAAAUUAAUUAUUUUUAAGGGGGCAUUCUCAUCAUGAGCAGGUUUUAAGAUCGAUAAUAUAACAUGUAUAUAUAAUUUGUAUGCUGUUAAUGAGAUAUAUAUUUGCCAAAAAAAGUUAUUGUAUAUAAAUUGUUGAAUAGUCAUAUGCACAGAAAAAUGAAAUUUGAUGUUGAGUUUCUUUUAAGAACAAUUUAUGCAUGUGCGUUGUGUGAAGUAUGAUGUUUUAUAUUUGUAUCCAUCGUUUCAAAGACCAAUUGAUGUGUUACAUUCCUUGUAAAAUAAAUCAAUACCCUUUCCUCUAUAACUG